CUAGUUCUCGCGUUAAUUGCGUGAUCCCACUACGGAGUCGAAUAUUGGUGCGUCUAUGAGGGAGCAAUCGGCCCUUUGGGUGAGAGUAUCUGCAAUUCGAGAGAAAGACAUCGUCUACGAAAAUGACCAGAGGAAACCAGCGUGAGCUUGCACGAGCGAAGAAUGCCAAAAAGGGUGGCGACAAGGGCAAGAAGGCUGAAGACGGGUUGUCUGCCGCGGCCCGUAAGCAGAGGGAUGCUGAGAUAAUGCAGCAAAAGCAGAAGAAAGCAAACGAUCCCCCAGGUGCAAAGGCCCCUGAACCGGCUAAAUAAUGCCAAUAAGUCUGAGGCGACCCGCCCCCAGCCCCCAUGAACAGCCCAUGUUCAA